AUGGAUGAGAGUGAAUCAAUUAAUUCCGAAAAGUGUUUAAAAUUUCCUAUUUAUACCUUGCCUGCUCAGGACGAGACAGUCCAGCCCAGCGGUGACGGGGCUGUUAUCGAUUCCUCCCCGCAAAGCUAUCCGGUAACUGAACCUGUAGGCCGGCGACGUACCAAAUCUUUGCCGUCUCGACAGGUGAACUUCGCCGUUGAAAGAAUCGUGACGCCCUCGGUAACAUUGGCCGCUCAACAUAAAUCUGUUUCUCAGCCGGCAGCCAAAGCUGCGACCUUACCGCAGAGAAAAUUUCGGAACACCAAAGUCAACGAUGGUGGUGUGUGUGAACGCGGGAAACCAACAGUUACAACUGUCGACCCGAAAACGUCAACUAUUCGCCAGCACUAUUACCCCGAAGGUGGGUGGGGGUGGGUGAUUUGCAUCUGUGCGUUCUUCGUACACUUCCUCUCCACGGGGCUUCAGCUGUCCUACGGAGUUCUUUACUUACAGAUCGUGAAAACUUUUGGUGAAGAUAAAUUACAUGAAGCCGCUUGGAUUGGAUCACUGUCUUUAGCUUCAGGUUUUUUCCUUUCACCAGUAAUUGUGGCCCUCUGUCGGAGAAAAAGUGUUCGAUUAACAGCAGUUUUAGGAGGAUUUAUUUCAGCGCUUGGUUGUCUCUUUACUUCGUUUGCUUUGCAAAUUCACCAAGUUUUCUUCAGUUAUGGAAUAUUUAUGGGUUUUGGACUCGGCAUGGCACGAGAGACGUCCAACAUUAUGAUUGGUCAAUAUUUCAAACGCAAGCGUGAAUUUGUAGAGCUCAUUGUUCAGUCAGGAACUGGAUUAGGAAUUACUGUGAUGUCUGUUUUUCUACGAGAAAUUUUAAGAGCGCUAGACUGGAGACUUGGACUUCAAGCAUUAACAGGAAUUGUUUUCAUAACUUUCUUACUUGGAAUUUGUUAUCGAUCAGCUUCGUUAUAUCAUCCCCAGAGAAGGGCAAUUCUUCACCUAAAAAACCAGAAGCGAAAAGUCAAAGACAAAUCUGCUCAACAAGAAAAAAACCCCUUCUUCGACUUCUCACUGCUGCGGACCAGGACUUUACAAAUCGUCAUGCUGUCAUCGUUUCUGUGUUCCUUUGGUAUUUAUACUCCUUGUUUUUAUAUGGCCAUCAUAGCAGACAACGAGGGACUAGAAAACACCUCUAUUCUUCUUCUCCAGGCCUUUCUAGGGAUAGCUUUCAGUGUGGGAUGUCUCAUUUUUGGAUUUUUGAUAGUGAAAAGCAGUGAACAGUGCAUUAUAGCUCGCCAAUAUCUCUGCCAAGCCGCCAUGUUUGGAACAGCAAUUGCCAUAUUGUCAUUUUGUGCGGUGAACGAUUACCAUGGUUACGUAUUCUUUGUUUGGAUCUAUGGGGUGUUUUGUGGUGGGUUUCAAUACACGUUGAAAAUGUACAUAUUUGAGAAAGUCCGACCCAGAAACUUUAAUCGCUCUUGGGGAUUUCUUCAAUGUUCUCAAUUUAUUUCAGUUCUAACUGGUAUUCCAAUUACAGGUUAUAUAAAUCGGAGUCGAGGACCAAAAACAGGAGUUUUCUUUUCCUCCGGAUGCGUAUUGGCAGGAAUGUUAAUUAUGUUUCUUAUCAAUCUCCGAAAAACAUCAGAGAGAAAAACACAAAGAACGGUGUUGAUGGGGGAGAAAGAUGAUCAAAGCCAGUUUGAAUUAGAUGCGGCGAUAGCACUAAAUGAUGAAGACGUUUGCACGUGUGGCAGGAAUCUAGGAGGAGAAGAGUUGUUGCCUUCAGCCAGAUGUCAAAAAGCUACUUCGUUCGCUACUUCGUUAGGACCGGAGGAUGAAGAUCGAAGGCCGGAACUUUUUACGUGUAUCUCCGAAGAGGGCUUAGUGGACCUAGCGGACAAUAAUGUGCUAGAUGAAUGGUGUAUGGGGGAAUGUAUUACCUCGUGCAAUAAGGAAGAAAAGUUCCUAAUGAUUAGUGAAUUCGAGAACAACCUCCAUGAUACGGUGAAGUCAUCUCGUGAUCAUCGGAUACAUCAUUCUCCCGCCAGAAGGAGUAGUACACAUCCGGAACUGUUCUAUGUGACGCAACGACACCGCUUUGAUCCAGUUGGCUUACACGUACCAAAGAGAAAAAUAUCUGUUAUAGAAGAAGUCACUAGCUCUGUUUAA